AUGGAAACUAUUGAUAUCCAAGCUAUGGAAUCUAAACUUAGCGACGUUACUGUAACUGCUAUACCAAUGAACUCAAACUCUAAACAACCCAAUAAUCAGCAACAACAACCAGCCCUUAAACAGGAACCUGGACAGUCCAAAUAUGCUCAACUUUUGGGAGUAAUAGAAGAAAUGGGCCGAGAGGUCAGACCAACAUAUGCAGGAAGUAGAAGUUCAGCUGAGAGAUUGAAAAGGAACAUUGUAUCUGCAAGGAUAUUAGUAAGAGAAUGUCUGAUAGAAACUGAGAAAAGUGCUAGACAAUAG